ACAACGAGGACCAAGAGAUCGCGGAAUGGAGCAAGAGUGGAGUAAUCAAUACGCAUUCACACGCGGCCGCUCGCAUCCCGUUUCCAUGGGGACCGACGCUGGCGCAUGUGCAACCUUUCACCCGUGCCGUGUCAUUCUGCCGGAGCAGCCGACUCAGAAGCUGUUCCGUACCAGUCCGGUGCGGAACAUUGGAACAUUCUAUGCGCGAGAUCCGCAGCCCCGCCGUCCACGCAUGCUCGCGGUUUCGGGCCGCAGGGUGCACGACGCACCUUGCGACUCCGCGCUUUCGAACCUCUGCCGAUCUUGCCUCGCUGAGGGCAUUCGGCGGGUACCUCGCUACCAGGUGCAGCAAAUUCUCCCGAAUCGACUGGCCCAGCCUGGAAACGAAGAUGCGCGACCCGCGAAGAGAUACGAUCGUUCGAUACGAGGAGAUACGCGAUGCUCGAACAGUCGAGGCUCGAAUAUAAUCGCACCGCCCUCCCCGACUUCUCAAUUUCCCUGUUUCCGAGGCAAAGGAAACAAUUCCAGGAAAUCGUCGGCAACGUCCCCGUUCGCUUGCCCCGAUUCGCGGGACAGCCGGCGAUCGAGGCUCGCUUAAAAUCGCGUUCGAUCGUCCAUUAUAGAACGCUCGGCGUCGGAGCGAGUUGACUCUCCCGGUGUCUGUCGUUUGUCCAUAUACUCGAGGGUACGGUACGCUAUGGUAGAGCGCGGCCGACUCGCGGAUGUUCACCCCCUGGCCGAGCCAAAGGGGAUGGAAGCGAUCGAGUUUGCGGGUUACAGGGGGGGUGGUUUUCCUCGGGGCGCCUGCGUCGAGUCCUCGAUGACGGCUCGACUAGGUAGGUGCUCGACUCGGACGCAGUACGGAAGAAACGUUCGGCACGCAGAGUGCCGCUCUCCGUUCCGCUCGCGACGUCGUGCCUCUCCGCCGUUCAUUUUCCCCCAGUUUCCAAUCGCGAUAACGGAUCAACGAGAACGGGAUCGUCGGUCGCACCACCGGUGCCCGGUUCGUCGAUCGGCGAGAUUGAUCGUCGCCGGCCGGAGAGCCGCGGCCGCGCGCGGGACACGCGCCGACGUUUUUCGCCUUCGAUCCUGGCGCAAAGUGUCCUUUCCAGAAUUAAUCUCGAGCGUGUCGCGGAUUGACCGCGAAUCGAGGGGCCUUCCGGGGGGAGGGGGGGUGGUGGGUGGUUACUGCGAAAGCGGAAACGUUUUAGAUGCCACGAACGACGGCGAGCGACUGGCUCGCGCAACGAACGACGAAAACUCGUUCGUCUCGCAAGAUAAGCCGCGUGUCGACGCGAAUCAACGUGACGCGGCGACGCAUGUACGGCAACAAACUUCCGCUUUCUUCGUGAAGUGUCUCCUCUACGAUAUCGCGGGCUCGCGCCUGCGAGCGUGGUGUGCGUGCGUUUUUCUGUGUGUGCCUGCUGCUGCGCGCUCGUGUACGGACGACGUGUCGCAACCUGAAACAACGACGACGUCGACGACGACGACGACGACGACGAACGGGAGACUCGCCGAUGGUCAGCGCCGGGGGACCGUUUUAAACGGUGCAUAAAGACGACGAGCCGCGGUCGCCAUGUAUCCGUCCGAGCGACGUCGGCCGAGCCAAUGAAUUAAGGCCGACCAGCGAAGGAAUGCGCGUCCAGCGGACGAGAGGUUAAUUGUCGAAGACGAUCCAGCCGCCGGCGGUCUUAUCACCGUAAAGGCGAGAGCUUAGUCGGAUUUAAUCGUCGCUUGCAUGUGGGUCACAAGUUGCAUUCGCCAUCAGCUAACGAGAUAGAGGGUUUCACCGAGUAGAGAGGAAAAAAUGUGGAGCUCGGUUACCGCGGCUGGCACAGAGAACGGUCCGGCACCACCAUCCAGAAGCAAGCACAGCGCCACUUUGCUCGCCGGGCACGUAUAUCUUCUCGGAGGCCGAAACGGCAAUCUUCCACUCAAAGAUCUUUGGCGGUACAGCCUCGCCGAGAGCAAAUGGGAAGAAUUGCAUCCUGCGGGAGAAAGGCCGCCAGCGCUUCAGGAGCACAGCGCGGUCGCGUACAAGGAUUGCCUCUACGUUUUCGGGGGUGAACUCGGCUUUUGGGCUGGCACGGAAACGCCGCUGUGGGUCUACAAUGUCAAGACGAACAUGUGGAGGAAGGUGAGGGCGCAGAGAGGAUGCACCGUUCCUAGAGGCCGGAGAGGCCACACGGCUCUGGUCCAUCGCGGCCAAAUGCUCAUCUACGGCGGCUACCAGGAUCUCCGCGGAAGCUCCCCGGAACUCUGGGCGUUCCAUUUCGAAACGGAAUCUUGGCAUCUUCUCUCGUCCGGCGAAAGUGGGCCAGCGGCGAGGCACAAGCAUUCCGCUGUUCUACACGGCGACGCCAUGUACGUUUACGGAGGUAUGACCGAUCUUCAAGAGAGGAGCGACUGCUGGAGAUGGGACGUGAACACCGCCUCCUGGUGCCUGUUGAAGAACAAACCCGGUCCAGGGCCCCUACACGGCCACGCGGCCUGCAGGCUGCCCAGCUGCAUGCUGAUAUUCGGCGGAGAAAGCGGCGGUCUGGCUACGAACGAGCUCUGGAGGUUUCAUUUCGGCACAGAAACGUGGGAGAAGCUGUCGGUGCCGGGUCCGAAACCUCAGCCGAGGGCGGAGAGCGUGGCCCUGGCGGUGUCGGAGCUGCUGAUACGAGGGACCAACAUCGACAAUCCGAAGCUGAAGCUGCGUAACCAGAGGACGAGGCUCUACAACAACAGGAUAUCGCCGAACGAGGCGCCGACAAGGCCGAGCUUCCUCAAGGAGAUCUCGAAGCUGUCGCAGAUCAAUCUGUCGCGGCUGAGCCACCCGACGAAGUGCAGCUACUCGGUGCUGAGCGGCCAGGACGACAACGAGGAGAGCCCGCAGGAGGCGAACUCCUAUUAUCCGUUUCAGCAAGUGGACGCCGAGGUGAUCGAACCGUCCACGGGUAUGGUGAAGUCCCGAAGCGCGAACGCGCUGGCGCGUCGAAGGCAGAAGCCGUCCGAGUCGUCGUCGAAGUCCACCGACAGCAACACCUGCGGGAACGUCGGCGGCUCCGGGAUGACCAGGGAUCCGACCUCGGUGCCGAAUUUCCGGGCGCUGACACUGCCGACCCCGGUCUUGACGCCCGUGGAAGCGGCCCGGCUCGUUUUCGUCGAUCCGGACGAGAACAGCGACAACGAUGAAGAGGUGGAGGACGAGGAGGAAGAGCGCAAGGAGCCGCCGACCUCGAGGCUGAUAGAGGUCCAAGAGGAGAGACGCAGUCGAUCCUUUUACGAUUUCAGAGACUUCGCGGCGAUGCACCAGGCCUGCCAGCCGACCCGCGGCGAGAGCUACAGCUCGCACCUGUACGAGGCUGCUCUGCAGACACCUAAAACGCCGACCACCUCGAAGAUACCUACGUCGGCGUCCGUGCGGUUCGCCGACCUUGAGGAAGGGGAGGAAUCGACCUCGGACUACGCGAGUAUAGAGGCCAGGAGCCCCGGCGACCCUCUCGGCGACGACGAUUGGCCGUCGGGCAGGAAGUGCAAGCAAUACCGUCCCAUCGUCACCCCGUCGACGAUACGCGAAGGCCAGUUCGGCUUCUGCAAUCCGAACUAUCUCGGGCUGAACGAGAACAGAGGCCAUCAUCAACAGCAACCGCACCAGCAGCAACAGCAGCAGCAGCAGCAGCAGCAUCAAUCUCAACAGCAACAACAGCAACAGCAACAGCAACAGCAGUCGCAAGACGGCAAAUACGCGAAAAUGUUGAACAGCCCGCCGGACAGUGUUUUAGAGGACGAGGCCGGUCGGUCCUCCUCGCAGACGUUCGCGGAAUUAUUAGAGCUUCAAGAACUGAAGAGGGUGCCGAGGGCGCCCCCGAAAAGUUUGCCGUUAGGCUCUCCUUCUAGAAGAGCGGUUAGCGCGUCGAGGGCGGAAAGGCAACGGGCAAAGGUUGCCGCUGCGGACAUUAACGACUCGGAAACACCUUCGUACGGACCAGCGCCUCUUUACGUAUUUUUAGUCGGGGGGAAGGAGAAAGGUCAGGUGACGGUGUUUGCACGACCCGUUUCCUUGUGGAAAUUGCAGUUAGCGCCGCACAUCUUCUAAGACCGCGAAACCGUGUUCCGUCGUCGUUUCUCUGUCCCCUUUCUUUGUUCCUCGCCGCGGUCGAAUGACAAAGAGACUCGUUCCUUGUCUAAUAAUCGUCGACAAGUGCAGUUUUCUAAGCGCUGACCAUUGUUCCGUUGUUCCUACGUUUUUCUAGUCGUAUAUUUCUUGUUUGUCUCUUUGUUCGUUCGUGAAUCGUUCCCGGUACGGUGAAUGCCCCUUAAUUGGUGCUCGGGUGGUGCAUAAUUUGGGAAUUUGCAAUUUGGAAAAGGCGGACGCGAUUAUUCGAGCCUCGCGCGGCUCGUUUUUGUAGCCGUUGACAAGCUGUGUCUAUAAAAACGAGCCUUCAAGGCUCGAACCUCUGCCCGAAUUGUACACUUUUGCGCACAAUCCGAGCGUCGAUUAGGGAGAAUUUACCAUCGAUGUGUUUUCUUUGAAGCGUUGUCGCAGCAUCCGUCGACCUCCGACCUCGACUAUUCGCCGUUACUUCUCCGUUUCCAUUUCGUUCGACCACGCAAUGGCGGCGCCUCGUUAGCAUAUCGUCGAUCAAGUCUAUACAUAUAAUCGUUUGACAACAGGAAGAAACAAAUAACAUACCAGAGUGCAUGAUCAACUUAUACGUGUAUCGAACAUUUACGGGAAUCCGGAUUUCGAAGUUGAUUUUCAGUUCCUCGUCUCGACGUCUCUACUUUGUUGUCUAAGCAUCAAUUAAUGUAACCGUGAAUACGUGAAACCGAAUUGUACGUUCAGAUCGUGUAGGAUAGGUUUACGAACGAAUAUGCACGCCGGAUCGAGGGUUCAUAUUGAACCGAUUACUUUAAGCGCAAAUCAAACGAGCGAGAAGGUGUUCUGUCAGUGUGUCGCGGAUCGGUACCCAUCCCACCAUUCGUAUAGAUAAAUCCUAGAAAAAAUUAUCGUAGAUCGAAGAUAAUUAGUUGAAACGAGCAUAGCGCGAUAGUCUCUACGUGUAUAGCGAACGAUGGGAUUUUUCAUGUUUGUAAUAGAUGUGAAAUACAUUCGAUAUCUCGAAAAAUCAUUUAGAAGACCCCCCACCUGUCGCGGGAGGAUCAUAGGCGCGCCAUAUUUUUUCGAACUGACGCGUACCAAUUGUUAAAAAGGUCUCGAUUGAUUUGCGCUUUGCCGUCGUCGACUGCGAACUCGAUACGAGUUGCGUACGAAGUAGAAUAAUAUAUCGGAAGGCUUGGGAGAACCGAAGUUAUUGGAAGAUCCUAAAUACCGAGAUCGAUGUGUGAUUGUGUCGAAUGUACGUGUAAUCGAUGUACGGUUCCAAUGAUUCUGCGGAAAUUAGAUUUUUUAUAAAACGACAA